CUCAGCAAUUUUUGGGCGUGGGCAAGGUUGUUAUCAAGAUAUAAAACCAACUGUCUACCAGAUUUGGGUAUCACUUGUUCGGGUAUCACAAGAGCAGCACAAUGAACACUUUAACUGUUGUAUUCGCCAUUGGAGUUAUCGCCUGCGCCAAUGCAGGAAUCGUUGCUCCAGCCCUAGGAUACGCAGGAAUUGUGGUGCCUGCAGGAUCAGGUCUCGAAGGCCAAUACGUCCCCAGCGGACUCGAAAGGCUCUACGACGACGGAUCCUACAAGCCAGAAAUCAGCCCAUUGCCAUUGAGCCCCUCUCCCUAUGGUCUGGUCCCAUCCGGAUCUGGUUUGGAAGGCCAAUACGUGCCAAGCGGUCUCGAGACUUUGUCUGAUGAUGGUUCCUACAAACCUGAAAUCAACCUAUUGCCCUUGAGCCCCUCUCCUUAUGGUCUUGUGCCAUCCGGAUCUGGACUCGAAGGAGCCUAUGUUCCAGAUAUUUCGGAGAAGCUCUAUGACGAUGGAUCUUACAAACUCUUACAUUGAUAGAAUUUAAAUUAUUAUAGCAAAUAUAUAAAAUUGUAAAUUAAA